AAAUGAAUUAGAGAUAUCUUGAAUUAUUCAACUUUUCUAUUUAAGAUAUCUUAAAUGAACAUUCUGACUAGUCAAAAUGACGUUACAGAUAUCUUGAAUUAGCGUUCUGUCUAGUCAAAACGUCACUGAUUUACGUAGCAUUUUGGCGGACAGGGCGUACAGCAUUCCAGCUUUAAGCUAGUUGACUGUUCAGCGGUUCACAAUGUCAGGUCAGUCCAGCUCAAAUACUCGUGUUUUUAACACAGUAUUUAGCGCGGCAGCUCGUGCUCGACAUGAAUUAAGAAAUACUGAUAAUUUAUUUACAGCAACAAGAAGACUUUUUCGGCGUCAGGUGCAGAGAAGUCGAGGAUCGGUUGGGAGGCAGCCAAGUGUUGUCUGGAAGACAAAUAUUUUUUUGCUUUCUGGCCCUAAUGUUGAUGUUCUUCCUUCUCCCUCGGAUGUACGAAGACUAAAAAACCAUGGAUUAGGCGACCCUGUGCAUGAGGGGACAGAAACCAAGUGCUCCAAAAUCAACUUGACUUGGAGCUUGUCGGAAUUGAAUAACUUUUUGUGUCAAAGCUACCCACACAUCAGUCUAAAUCUGGUUGGCUUUGAACUGGCUAGAGCUGGAAAAGGACGAAAGAUAAAAAAACUACAAGUGAAUUCUGUGAGGGAGCUGAAAGAAAAGAUUGGCAAAAGCAGGCUCUACAUUCUACCACGAGCAGAUGUGUCACAGGAAACUUACUCAACCACAGCAAUGCCCAGGAGUUUGUUUCCAGAACCCUCAACUGCAUCAGAAGGACAGCUGGUAUUCUCAACCUCUCCGGAGGUUGAGAAUACCAACAGACAACAUUUGGGGGAAGAGCAGACACGUCUAGAUCGGCGAUCUCUGCUGUCCCAGCAAGAUGAAGAGUAUGAAGAGUCUUUGCUCGCAGACCAAGAAAAUGAAAGGAAAAGACAGUGUUACAAGUACUGGGAGGAAAGACGCAUAAAAGCAAUUGAAGAACGGCAGCAACGACUGGCGGUAUAUGAAGAACCGUCAAGUGGACUGCUGUUGAAGUUCAAAUAUCCGAAUGGAUUUAUCAGAAAGAGAACUUUCAAUGUGUCUGACCCAAUUCAGGUCUUGUUUGAUUUUGUUGGACAAGAUGAAAUGGCAAGUGAAAUAUUCAGUGUUCAACAAGCAAUAUCAUCCACACCAAUUGACAGCACCUCAUCAGGGUCACUUAUGGAUCAUGGCAUAGCAACAUCUGUAACUCUGUACGUGCUUUGGAUUUCAACUCUAGAAAUUCAGACAUUGCUCUCUGACCAAGCACUGACAUCUUUGUCAGCCCAGUCACCACAGGCUCCAACAUCUCCUCAAGUGCUGUCGACCAGGCCCAACUCCCCAGAAACAUCAACUUUGUUCUCCUCCUGGGCAGCUGUGUCCCAGCCCUCCAUUCAAGCACAACCAACUUCUGAAGUUCCUGUGAUUGCAACCUCAAGGCUGCCCCUCUCCCCCCACUCUAACCUGGCUCCACAGGUGAUGUUCAUUGAGGACCAGGCACCAGCAUCUCCAUUUACUGAGCUACCUAUAAUUCUACUGGAAGACCAAGAAGAGCCACCUGAGUCUCCACAACAUCCACCAGAGUUGCCUUUGGAUGAAACAGAUCUUCAGACGAUAUUAGCAAAAAUAUACAGCAAGGUUGAUAUGACUUUCUGUCCUACAAGCAACCAAAUAAAUGUGUCCAGGGACAGAAUUUUAGAAUGUAGCCUGCAUGCCUUCAGAAGACGCCGUUUUGAUCCGGCAGCAAAACUGGAUGUUAUUUUUGUGGAUGAAGAGGACAACGCUGAAGGGGCAGUUGAUGAAGGUGGUCCCACGCGAGAGUAUCUAAGACUGUUAAUGAGGGCCAUUCAUCAAUCUAAUGUCUUUGAGGGGCAUGAGAAUAACCGUCAACUGGCUUUGGAUACUCAUGGACUUCUUUGUAAAUGGCCGAGUGAGCACUGCAUUGCAACAGUUUGUGGAAGGUUUGAAGACUCUUAAUGUGCUAGAUGAAAUUCAGAAAAACCCUGCACUCUUUCAUGAGUUGUUUGUCUGUGCUGAGAAACCACUCUUGGCACGCGACCUGUACACACUUUUCCAAGUGUGUUUUUCUGUGCAAGGUAGCAAUAAAAGGAGGAUAGAAAAUCAAACCAUAUGCUACUGGAGAGACUGGUUGGUGGAUAUUGAAGAAGGAGAAUGCAGCCCCAUUACCCUUGAAAUGAUACUGGAGUUUGCUUCUGGAGCAUCCACCGUACCUCCACUGGGCUUUCCCCAUCGUCCACAAAUUGAAUUCCUCCAUGAGGCUAACAAAGUCUUUCCAGAAGCAAAUACAUGCCUUAUAGUACUCCGCCUUCCUGUACACCCAGACUAUGAGUCUUUCACAAAGUACAUGAGUGACGGGGUGCUGCAGGCACCUACCUUUGGUAUUGCGUAAUCAGCUAAUAAGUGUAAUAAGCAGUUCUUUGAAAAAAAAAAAAAAAAUAGUUGGAAUGUCUCAAAAAGUUACAUGUUUUAAUGUCUCAAAAAGUUUAAUGUUUUAAAGCAAGUGUUUUA